AUGUCUGGAGCAGGUACCCCAGCGAGUGGGGUUGCGGUUGAAACAAGUGCAUCUAUUAUUUCUUCUCAGACUGCUUCCUCAUCCGUUAGUUCCCUGACUACUACAACUUCUUCAUCCAGUACCAGCAGUUUAGAGACUUCCUCUUCCACUGUGUAUUCACAGUCUGCAACAACCAGCCUUAGCACUUCAUCACUCCUCCACUCUUCUACGACUGUUUCUUCGACUUCGAGCACCCCCUCUGGCACCCUUCGUUCUACAAGUGACCAUGCUUCACAAAGCAGCUCCUCUGGGAGUAGAUACAGUACUGGAACUCUUGCAGGCUCUAUUGUGGGCUCCUUCCUUGGUGGCUUCAUCAUAGCUUUCUUGGUCGCUUUUCUGCUCCUCCGCCGUCGUAAAAGAGUGUCUAACACUGACGAGACGAGAAAGCAUUCCCCUUCGGAGACUCUUGGGUCCCUAGAAGAUCCCUCGAGGAAUCUUAGCAAAAAUCAAAAUUCCGCUGUCAGCUCAAGAUAUGAGGGAAUCUCCUACGUGUCUCCAAAUGUCGUGACAUGGGGGUCUUUUGAGUUAUCCCCUUAUGUUCCCGACCCUGCGGACGACAACACCGUCUGUAUGCGAAUCCAGACUUUCUUUGAUCAAGCAAGCUUGCAUAUCGACAACUAUUACUCCCGGCCAGAUUCCGCUCUCCGACCGAACCAGGAAGACAACGUCCGUAUCGGCGACUAUGAAUCGCCCUUCUUGGGCACGCCGUUGGCUUCUUUGCUUUCCAACCCCCGGACUCAGAGAACUGUUCUCACUCAUGUUCUCAUACAUUCUCUCCUACAAAGUAUCCGUCCUGGGAACCAAGCCCGAUCUCUCCUGCCAGCCUGUUACAGGCUUGAUCAAGAAACUCGAGAAAACGAGUCUCGUAUUUCCGCUGAUGAUCGCGCGGCGUUUGCCUGGCGCAUGUUGGCCUCGCAUAUCUAUACUCGAGGCCAGACUUCUCAAUCGACCGAUCUGGCUGUAAACAAUGAAGACAUUACAAAGAUCGCGGAUGACUUUAAUCGGACUUUUGCGCCAUACGGUGACCCGCGUUUCCCUAAAACGGACCGCCUCGCUCACAUUCAUACCGUCUUUCGAGAAGCAUCCAGGCUUGGUAUCUGGCUAUUUUCACAACCAUGCUCAUUUGAAUUCCACUGGUCAAUGGUCAGCAAAAACUCAAACCAGAUCACAUUGUUGCCAUCCGUGGUCAAAGUUUAUGAUGAGCAGGGAAGACACUUGGCUGUUCCCCAGAGACUUUUGGAUGAGACAAAGGCACAGAUUUGA